GGGGCUCGGCCUCCACGCCCGCCCGGGUUCCGCAGAGGGCUCCCAGCACGCCCCCAGAAAGGGGGGUCCGAGGCGGGUCCAGCUGGCAGGGCGGAGUCAGCGACCUCCAGCCUAGAUCCUGGCCUGGCCGGUCAGAGCACAGCUGCACGGAGCCCACCUGGUCUCCAUCCCACCCUUGCGAUGACCCUGGCUGCUCCUUCUCAGCGUUCCCAAAUCAUUCGCUCCAAGUUCCGAUCUGUCCUGCAACUUCGGAUCCACCGGCGGUAUCAGGACCCGAAACUCUCAGCUCCAGACUUGGACCCCUGGAUCUCUGCCUCAGGGCCCACACUAGCCCAGGCUCCAGCUGUGCCACCCAGUCCUGCCCCUUUCCUCCUCAGACCGGGGGUCCCCCCCCCUGAGGCAGAAUAUUGCCCAUGGAGGUCUCUGAAGAAGGAGUCAUCCAAGAUCGGGCCUCACUGGAGGGAGCCGGAGCAGCAGGGGAACCUGACGUACCAUCAGUAUAUAUCCCCCGAGACCAGACCCCCACCCCGGGCACACCCCCAGGCUGAAAGGUCAACUCGGGGUCCCCCUGGGCCACUGCUAUGGGAAGGGACAAAGUCACAACAGCCGGCUUCUAGGAUAAAGCCAGUCACGCUGCUGGGUCCCUCGCCACCCGGGGACCCCAAUUCUUCGCACCCCCAACACAAGCUGGAACUUCAGACUCUGAAGUUGGAAGAACUGACAGUCUCAGAGCUCCGGCAGCAGCUGCGCCUGCGGGGCCUCCCAGUGUCGGGCACCAAGUCGAUGCUGCUAGAGCGCAUGCGCGGGGGCACCCCGUCCCGCGAGCGCUCGAAGCCGCCUCGGCGGGACGACAGCCCCGCGGGGGGUUCCUGGCCUCGACUCCGGCCCAAGACGCUGGGAGCCGCCCGGCGGUCGAGCAAGUCCAGAACCACGUCCGACUUGCUACCUGUUCCACGGACCGCGGAAAACUCGGUGACAGCUCCGGCUCCCGCUCCUCCAGCUCCACCGCGGGCUCCCAGUCCGUCCCCGGAGCCCAGGCCGCCCUCCGCUGCAGCCUCGAAGGCCCUGACCCUGGAGGAGGAGCUGCAGGAGGCAAUCCGCAGGGCGCAGUUGCUUCCAAACCAGGACAUCGAUGACAUCCUGGAAGAUCAGGUGGAGCCAGAGGACCCUCUGCCCCCAAUACCCCUAGAUUUUCCAGGCUCCUUCGACGUCCUGUCUCCAUCCUCCGACUCCGAAGGCCUGUCAUCCGUCUUCUCUUCUUCGCUUCCAUCCCCAGAGAACUCCUCAUCCCCCUCUCCCAGGGGCCCCACAGACUCCUUGGACUGGCUGGAGGUUCUGAGCGGGGGACCCCCGCUGGGCUGUGGGCCCCCAGCCCCCAGCAUCUUCUCGGCUGACUUGUCUGAUUCCAGCGGCACCCGCUUGUGGGAUGUGCUGGAGGAUCGUUGGUGAUGAUGGACUUUUUUAGGGGGUGCCCAGGGACUGAGAGCUGGUGCUGAUGUUGGGGGGGGGGUGUCUGAGGUGUAAAAACACCAGCAGACCCUCACUCCACCCCAAAGACGCAGAGGUCUCCAUCUGGGCCUUGAACUGAUGCAUAUAGGCCAGUCGCCUGGUUUUUGCCUGGGAGGGGGUGUCUUCCUGUGCACCCCUCCAAGGCUGUGUGGUUGGGGGCGGGUUGGGAGGUUUGUGCUACUCCUGUUUUAGCAAACAUGUUCCCGUUGCUUGCA